AUGGAGACAGGCACGGAAAGUGACAGAGUGCAUGCUCUGUCGCUCGUUUCUCAGUUCGGAGAGAGGAUGACGGCCAUUUUGUCGGCAAACAUCCUCCUGUCAGCAUUCCUUGUAUUCCUCUGCUAUUUGCUCCACGUUCGCUACAACACGGCCCUACGUGCGGUGCCGGGUCCGCUGCUUGCCAGUUUUACAAGACUGUGGAAGGUCAAGACCAUUCUGACGGCCAGACAAGAGUUGGUGCUGCUGGAGCUCCACCGCAAGCAUGGUAAAAGCCAUCUUGUGCGGAUAGGACCUAAUGAAAUCAGCGUGUCAGAUCCAGGGGCCUUGAAGGUGAUUUACGGCGCCGGGACCAAGUUCACCAAGACGAGUUGGUAUCCAUCUUGGAGCAUGGGAGGCCAGUCUGGCAAAUACGACGUCUUUUCAGACCCGACGACCGAGGGCCACGCCGCGUCCAAGAGGAUGGUGUCGCACUCGUACUCCAUGGCGGCGGUCAACGAGUUGGACCUGUUUGUUCAACGCCCAGUGGACCGGCUGCUCCAGCGAUUCGGGGAGCACACCGAUGGUGGCACGCCCAUGAACCUGGCCGACUGGCUUCAGUGGUUCGCGUUCGACGUGAUCGGCGAGGUGUCGUUUUCCAAACAAUUCGGGUUCCUCGACGCCGGCAAGGACAUUGACGACACGUUAAAGGCCAUCGACGAGACGCUGUGGUCGGGCAUCGUCAUUGCAGAGCUUCCAGAAUUGGACAGGAUCCGGAAGAGCUCUCUUUUCAAGUAUUUGCCCGUCGUCGGAGGUUAUGACCAGAGGCUCAACAUCAUAAUCGGGCAAGCCCAACAAGUGCUGUCUGAGCGGCGUCGAGGCCGUGAGGUGGAUCGGCGGGACUUGUUGUCUCGAUUUUUCCAGGUCCAGCGAGAGAACCCCGGCAAAUUCGACGACCUGGACCUGCAAGUCACCAUCACGGUCAACAUCUUUGCCGGCUCCGACACGACGAGCAUCGCCCUGCGGGCCAUUUUGUACUACGCCAUCACCAACCCGCGCUGUUACGACAAGCUGCUGCUCGAGCUGGACGAGGCCGUGCGCAGCGGGCGGAUCUCGAAACAGACGACGCUGGCCGAGGCUCAGAGUCUCCCUUACCUUCAAGCGUGCAUCAAGGAGGCCAUGAGGCUUCACCCGAGUCUCGGCACCCAGCACACGCGUUACGUGCCCGAGGGAGGAGUGGUCCUCGCGGGGACCUACCUACCAGCCAGGACGACCGUGGGAAUCAAUUCCUGGGUCAUGCACAGUCAAACGGCCAUCUUUGGCCCCGACGCCGACCAGUAUCGACCAGAGAGGUGGAUCGACGGUGACAAGUCCUUGAUGGACCGCCACUUUAUGAGCUUCGGAUACGGCGCGCACAUGUGCCUGGGCAAAAACAUUGCCUUGCUUGAGAUCAACAAAGUCAUUCCGCAGAUUUUGCUUCACUAUCACCUUCGUCUCGCACACCCGGAAGAUGGAGGCUGGAGCUGCACCAGUCACACGUUUGUGCAGCAGAGGAAAUUUCACGUCAUUGUGGAACGCAGGAAACAGUAA